CCCACUCUUCAUUCCCCUACUCCAUCCUUACGACACCCCAGGAGCGACGCAAUGGUUAACUUCGAUAAUCACAUCAGGCGCGGUCAUCCCGUACUAUUCGGUCUCAUCGUUUUCUUCUCGAUCAUCGAGGGUGCAAUAGCGACCUGGCUUAUAGCUCGUUUUGACCAGCACCAUAAUUAUCCAAGUAAAGCAGUUCGCGACAGGACUGGCCUACUCACAUUUACCAGCUGGUGGACCGUUCUAUUCGGUGCUAUUUACGCGGGACUAUUCCUUUGGUCCGCAUCAAGGACAUCUACAAAUGUGUUGACAAGUGUCGGAUCGCAUGCUAUCUUCCUCGUCAUUACGUGGAUUCUGUGGACAGCCGGUGCUGCGAGUAUCACGGCUGCUCUUGGUGGAGGACAUAAUUGCAGCAAGACUGCUUUGGUCUAUUGCGAUCAGUUGAAUGCUCUCGAAGCUUUCGCAUGGAUUGUGUGGGUCCUCGUCACUAUAGCGCUUUUCGUGGUGCUCGUCCGCGGAUGCCUGUCAGCUCGUCGCGGCGAUGGCUUAAAAGGGCAGCUUGUUGCUUGACGGUAUUGCUCCCAGUCUACGAACUAUGAUCCCAAAUGGCUCUACGAUUUUUAAUGUUGCACGAAUUCAGGCCGCGGAUUUUAUUCAAUUUCCUGACCUUUCUGUUUUUCAUCACCCUUUGAUGAUGUGAUGUCACCCUUCUAUUAUCUGCGUAUUUCUUCAUUACGGUAUCUCUUUUGUUGUUUGGCAAGCAUAUGAAGGUCUUAGCAUGUACGAUGUUAUGAUUUAUUAAGAUGACUUUAUC